GCGCAGUGCGGAUAAACAGGAAGCGGGCGGUAGGGGCAGCGGCAAAGGAGACCUAGGGGCUUCGUGGGGGAAGCAGCGGAAGAAGGAGGAUAAUUGGGAGGUAGCAGAGGCUUCCUGAGAACGAGAAAAGGAGCUUUAGCCGUCUACCUCCAGGGAACAAGAGGUUGUGACCUUAUUCUCUCUUCUGGCUCUCGGCUUCCCAGCUUAGGCUGAGGCAGCCGCUUACAAAGGGCUCGAGCCGGUGCCGCCGCCCUUUUCAUCCGGGCAUUCGGGCCCCUUCGGAGAGGGAGGGGGAAGGGCAGAGGAGGAGGGGAAAGAGCAGGAGGGGCGCGCGUUCGGAGCUGAGGCCCUCUCCAGGGCUCCGGGCCAGCGGCCCAACGGACGGAGGCCGAGGAGGACCUGCAGAGGUGGCGACGGCCAGAGGCAGGAGGAUGGUGCAGAAGGAAAACCAGGCGACGCUGGAGGAGCGGGAGAGCGAGCUCAACUCCAGUCCUGCCGCUGCUGCCUCCGCGGGAGCCACGUUGGAGCCGCCCGCAGCGCCGGCUUCCGGAGAGGACACCACCACCGGGGCCGGGGGAGCAGCGGGGGCCGGGGCGGCAGGAGGGGCUCGGAGAUUCCUGUGUGGCGUGGUGGAAGGAUUUUAUGGAAGACCUUGGGUUAUGGAACAGAGAAAAGAACUCUUUAGAAGGCUCCAGAAAUGGGAAUUAAAUACUUACUUGUAUGCCCCCAAAGAUGACUACAAACAUAGGAUGUUUUGGCGAGAAAUGUAUUCAGUGGAGGAAGCUGAGCAACUUAUGACUCUCAUCUCUGCUGCACGGGAAUAUGAAAUAGAGUUCAUCUAUGCUAUCUCACCUGGAUUGGAUAUCACCUUUUCUAAUCCCAAAGAAGUAUCUACAUUGAAACGCAAACUGGACCAGGUUUCUCAGUUUGGGUGCAGGUCAUUUGCCUUGCUUUUUGAUGAUAUUGACCAUAAUAUGUGUGCAGCAGACAAAGAGGUAUUCAGUUCUUUUGCUCACGCCCAGGUCUCUAUCACAAAUGAAAUUUAUCAGUACCUUGGAGAGCCAGAAACCUUCCUCUUCUGUCCUACAGAAUAUUGUGGCACUUUCUGUUAUCCAAAUGUCUCGCAGUCUCCUUAUUUGAGGACUGUGGGUGAAAAGCUUCUUCCUGGAAUUGAGGUGCUUUGGACAGGUCCCAAAGUUGUUUCUAAAGAAAUUCCAGUAGAGUCCAUUGAAGAGGUCUCUAAGAUUAUAAAGAGAGCCCCAGUAAUCUGGGAUAAUAUUCAUGCUAAUGAUUAUGAUCAGAAGAGACUAUUUCUGGGUCCAUACAAAGGAAGGUCCACAGAACUCAUCCCACGGUUAAAAGGAGUCCUGACUAAUCCAAAUUGUGAAUUUGAAGCCAACUAUGUUGCUAUCCACACCCUUGCCACCUGGUACAAAUCAAACAUGAAUGGAGUGAGAAAAGAUGUAGUGAUGACUGACAGUGAAGAUAGUACUGUAUCAAUCCAGAUAAAGUUAGAAAAUGAAGGCAGUGAUGAAGAUAUUGAAACUGAUGUACUCUAUAGUCCACAGAUGGCUCUAAAGCUAGCAUUAACAGAAUGGUUGCAGGAGUUUGGCGUACCUCAUCAGUACAGCAGUAGGCAAGUUGCACACAGUGGCGCUAAAGCAGGUGUAGUUGAUGGGGCUCCCCUGGUUGCAGCACCCUCUUUAAAUGCCACAACUGUAGUUACAACAGUUUACCAGGAGCCCAUUAUGAGCCAGGGAGCAUCCUUGAGUGGUGAGCCUGCAGCUCUGACCAAGGAAGAAGAAAAGAAACAGCCAGAUGAGGAACCCAUGGACACAGUAGUGGAAAAACAAGAGGAAGCAGACCACAAGAGUGACAGUCAAAUACUAACUGAAAUUGUAGAAGCUAAAAUGGCAGAAGAAUUGAAACCAAUGGACACUGAUAAAGAGAGCAUAACUGAAUCAAAAUCCCCAGAGAUGUCUAUGCAGGAAGACUGCAUUAGUGAUGUUGCCCCUAUGCAGACUGAUGAACAGACAAAUAAGGAGCAGUUUGUGCCAGGUCCAAAUGAAAAGCCUUUGUACACUGCAGAACCAGUGACUCUGGAGGAUUUGCAGUUACUUGCUGAUCUGUUUUACCUUCCUUAUGAGCAUGGACCUAAAGGAGCCCAGAUGUUGCGGGAGUUCCAGUGGCUUCGAGCAAAUAGCAGUGUUGUCAGUGUUAACUGCAAAGGAAAAGACUCUGAAAAAAUUGAAGAAUGGCGGUCACGAGCAGCCAAGUUUGAAGAAAUGUGUGGACUAGUGAUGGGAAUGUUCACACGUCUCUCCAAUUGUGCCAACAGGACAAUCCUUUAUGACAUGUACUCCUAUGUUUGGGAUAUCAAGAGUAUAAUGUCUAUGGUGAAGUCUUUUGUACAGUGGUUAGGGUGUCGUAGUCAUUCUUCAGCACAGUUCUUAAUUGGAGACCAAGAACCCUGGGCCUUUAGAGGUGGUCUAGCAGGAGAGUUCCAGCGUUUACUGCCAAUUGAUGGGGCAAAUGAUCUCUUUUUUCAACCACCCCCACUGACUCCUACCUCCAAAGUCUAUACUAUCAGACCAUAUUUUCCUAAAGAUGAGGCUUCCGUGUACAAGAUUUGCAGAGAAAUGUAUGACGAUGGAGUGGGUUUGCCUUUUCAAAGUCAGCCUGACCUUAUUGGAGACAAGUUAGUAGGAGGCCUGCUUUCCCUCAGCUUGGAUUACUGCUUUGUCCUAGAAGAUGAAGAUGGCAUAUGUGGUUAUGCCCUGGGCACUGUAGAUGUGACACCCUUCAUUAAAAAAUGUAAAAUUUCCUGGAUUCCCUUCAUGCAGGAGAAAUAUACCAAGCCAAAUGGUGACAAAGAACUCUCUGAGGCCGAGAAAAUCAUGUUGAGUUUCCAUGAAGAGCAGGAAGUGUUGCCAGAAACUUUCCUUGCCAACUUCCCUUCUUUGAUAAAGAUGGAUAUUCACAAAAAAGUAACUGAUCCAAGUGUGGCCAAAAGCAUGAUGGCUUGCCUCCUGUCCUCACUCAAGGCUAAUGGGUCCCGGGGGGCUUUCUGUGAAGUGAGACCAGAUGAUAAGAGAAUUCUGGAAUUUUACAGCAAGUUAGGCUGCUUUGAAAUUGCCAAAAUGGAAGGAUUUCCAAAGGAUGUGGUUAUACUUGGCCGGAGCCUGUGACAUUGGUUGGCCUUAUGAACUGUCCAAAAGUCUCUUAACUCCACCUGGUGGUUGGUGGUUGGGGUCUUCAUACAGUUCAGCCUCUGGAGUGGCAACAGAAUCAGCCAAUUGGAUUGGAAACAAAGAAGACUAUGUAAAACUCACCCAUCAUACAUUCAGAUUACUCACUGGUUGGAAGAAAAUAGUAUUGUUGCAAAUCCUGUAUGAAACAGAUGUGGGCCUCCUUUUUGAGUCUUCUGUUAGGUGUCAAGACCUCUUACAGUGGCUUACAGAGAGGAGGUCUUCAAUAAAUGUAGCCAGCACUGUUCUGCAUCCAGUGUGAUUGCAUUUCUCACCUAAGAGUAAUCAAAAUCACUUCUGUUAUAUUGCUUGGUCUAUUGAAAGAAAUGUCUUGCAUUCUUUGUGGACAUGGCAGUGACCAGAAAGAUUUGGGGGUUUCAGAGGCUUCAGGAUGAAGACUCCAAGUGGGAUGGUAGUGGCAUUUAGUUUAAGCUAAGUCGGUGAUUUCAAUUUUGGGCAAUUUUCCUACUUUUUGUUAAGCUGUGGCCAGUAGUGACCAUUGGUUCAGGCAUGAUGUGCUUUGUAGGGACAAAUGUGCAGUUGCUGGUGGCAAAAGCCUCAAAAUGACGAACUUGUAAAUUUCUUUGUAUAUAAACUAGGUAUAACCUGAUUAUCCUUUGUGUUAACUGUUUUUAUAAAAAAAAUUUUCUUUUUCAAAGUGAACGGGUGUUGGUUAAAGAUGGCACUUUGAAUAAUGUAAAUCAUAGUAGAAGGUGGAUUUUCUUUACUUUUGUCUCUGUGGGUUUUUUGUUGUUGUUUUAAGGAGUUUUAUUAUUUUAAAAGUGCCUCCCACGUAGGGCUAGGCUAUGACCACUUUGGGUACGAGAGCCUAAUUUCUUUAAGCAAGACUCAGUCUGUUGCAACGUGCAGUCACUUCUGGAAAUUAACCUCAAUAGCAGGUCAGCAUGUGAAAUGUUAGAUUUGAUAGAGCUGUCAAGUAGGUUUCAGGGACUGAUUGGUCCCAUUUGCACUCCGAGCAGUUGUCCUUUAAUUUCAAGACCUUUUACUCCUGGUUUUGCUAAAUCAGAGUCUUUAAUUCUUGCAUGUUUGUAUCUAAUUUUUAAAAGCAGCAAAGAAUGAGCAUACUUAAUGACUUAUGGUUACCUGUUUCCCCCUUUAACCACAGAUUCUGAAAGCUUCAUGUAUUUUAAUUUAGAUUUGGUGUUUUUAAGGGUUCUGAGCAUGAGGGUGGCGGAUGAUCUCUGCAGGAUUCAUUUUUUUCAUCAUGGCUGGCUGACUUCUCCAUAGAUUCUUAACAGUAUUUUGUUAUCUUGCUUCUUGCAGUUUUGCAUCAGCUGUUCUUAAUUUUGAAAUGAGUGAAGGGGGCAUGGGGCAAGGAGACACAAACUUGAGACUUUUUUUUCCUUCUAGAACUCAGUCUCUGUGGGCUUUGAGAGUCUUAAAGCUUUGUACCUAGUGUACCUAGUGAUUUCCAACCAGGGCCUGAGUGUGCACUGUGUGUGUUGAGAGGAGGGGAGGAGCGAAAGGAGGCUUUUGCAUUUUCAAAGGUUAGAAACCUUUAAUAGAAGGAUAUCAUAUGUUGGAAAGCUGGAAUCAAGAUUGCAUUUUUUAGGACUGAACUGAAGGGAAAAUCCCUACUAGGAAUUGUUUCAAACAGCUUACUGUCACUCAGUUUACUCUGAGAGCAUCUCAUAUAUGAGUGGACAACUCUGGCAAUAAUCUUGUCUGGAGGAUUUCAGGGUCAUCCUCCUAAGGAAUCAGGAUAUUUUAGCGAGUUUGCUUGUGGCCGUAUCUUGGCUUUUAAUCACUUUGCCUGGCCUUUUCUGUUCACAGAUGCUAACUGUGGAAGAGAUGUCCAGACCUAUACCUUCAUUAUUCUAGGAUCAUAAAAUGCUAUGCUGACAUCUUCCAUGGUUAAGAAUUUUUAUUAAGGUUGAAAUGACGCUUUCAUUGUUUGUUUAGAUUACAUCUCAGUUCUUGUAGAAAAUGAACUGUAAAACUGUCUGAAGACCAUGCAAGAGGCAAAAUAAAACAUGAAGUGAA